GUAAGAAAUGAAGAUCGUAAAAUGCUUACGCUGAAAGACCACAACGUUCCACCAGAAAGUAAAUUGCACCUCAUCAUCGUGCUGUGGGCUGUGCCAGAUGAGCUCGAAAAUGCUGUUUUUGAUUUCUACUGGGGAUUACCACGUGGACGCGAUAAAGACUACUUAGAUGUUUCAGUGUUGGUUUACAGUGGCAGAACAAAUCUCGGUGUCAUUUACUACCGAGAUCCAUAUUUAUCCCUCUGUCCCGGCGUUGUGCACUCAGGCCCUGCUGACAUGUAUUAUUAUAAACGAGAAGGCCGACAUCAAGUCACAGUAAACCUCAAGACAGUUCCACAUCAUGUUGACAAGUUGGUGUUUACGUUAAGUGCCUGGCGUUCAUCCAGUAUUUCAGAAUAUCCCUACUACAGGCUUAAUUUUUAUGAUGUCAACUAUCCUGACAAGCAACUAUGCAGUGAUAAAGUCGAUGUCCGUCUUAAAGUUAACAAAUCCAUCAUUAUGUGUUGUUUGUCGAAAAAGAAUGGAAGAUGGGAGGUCAUAGAUAUGAAGAAGGGUUCUGACGGCUUUACAAGAAAUUAUUAUCCUUUGAAGCGAGAAAUUGAGACACUGAUACGAGACGGCUUACUUUAA